GCCUACGAGAGAAGGAGAGAGACCGACAACUGGACUUGAAUGAGUAUGCGACUCGUUUACCACGUUGUCUCUCAUUAUUGACUGUCUUCUCUCUUCGUUUCCUGUGUUUUAGAAAAUUUUCGAAUCCUGAUGUCAAUGAACUUGCGACAAUCUAGAACGCGAUCCCUCGCUCUACGACGCCGAUGGCCUCAAACGAUUACCAAAAACUAUCGACUCAACCCUCCUUUGAAGACCUUCAAUGGCUCCGAACGAUUCCCCAUCGACGCACCCGAAUCCUCCGGUCGAACUGAACGUAAAGCAAGUCGUACUUGGCGACCUAUCGUUCCAGACGUGGUACCAAUCGAUAUACCCCGAAGACCUCGUGAGCAAGGACAACGAACUGCUGUACGUCUGUCGCUGGUGUUUUCGGUACUCCUGUGACGUCGACGCCUACGUGAAGCACAUGCGUACCUGCGAACAUAGGACGACACCUCUCGGGACACAAGUCUACGACCAUGGAGGGUAUUCGGUGUGGGAGAUUGAUGGGGAGGAACAUAAACUGUUUGCGCAGAAUAUCUCGCUGUUUGCGAAGCUGUUCGUCGACCACAAAUCCGUUUUCUUCGAUGUCGCAUCCUUCCUCUUCUAUAUCUUAACGUUCACCGAUCCCAAUGACCCUGAGAACUACCAUAUAUUGGGAUACUUUUCGAAGGAGAAAUUGUCGUGGGAUGCGAAUAAUCUGGCCUGCAUCUUGAUAUUCCCGCCGUACCAACACAAACAGCUGGGAAAGCUGUUAAUGGGUGUGAGUUACAAGUUGAGUGGUUGGGAGCGCGACACGGGUUUGAUUGGGGGCCCGGAGAAACCCCUGAGUGAAAUGGGUCAUAAGAGCUAUGUCCGUUUUUGGGAAGAGCGGCUGGCCAGGUAUUUUUUGACGCGCUCGUGUGAGCACGAUGACUCGGAUGAGUCGCAGUCGCAACAGCAGAAAGGAAAAACCUCCAAGGGGUCCCAGAAAAAGUACCCUCAAGAACGGAUAUAUGUCCAGGAGCUUGGCUACGCGACAGGCAUGUUGACUGAGGACGUGAUUACUACCCUGAAGAGCAUGGGGGCCGUUGAACCUGAUACGAAGCCUCCGAAGUCUAAACAGACACAAUCGUCUGCAGAGACUGAAGAAGACAGUGGUCAGACGGUUAUUAUUCGAAAGUCCAAGGUGUUGGAUUGGGCUAAGACUCAUAAACUCACCGUGGGAGACCCUGUACGAGAAGAAGGAUUCUUGGGUGAUUAUGUCCUGACAAGCGUACCGGAAGAAAGCACGAUAGAAAGCCCAGACGAGGAUGAAUGAUGUUUCUGCUUCUGUUACCUCCUUUUCUUUUCGUUUUAUCGCAAAUGGCUAGAUACCUGUACUAUUGAUGGUUUAUAUAGACUUAGUAUUCCUACCCCAGGGUAGACUAAUCAUGCCUGGGCGCAUUUAAUGAAUUGUAUGAUUAUUUUUACACUGAGC